AUGCGAAUUGGCAAACUGUUGCUGGUGAUUGUUUCUUCACUAAGUCUAAGACUGGGUCGAACUAAGGACAUCCAGCAGCGAUAUGCCAGAUCUGUUGUCAAUAUGGACGAAUUACUCAAAACGGAAGAGGAUUUGGUCCACAAUUUGGAAGAAUACACAGCAAGGCUCUCUAAGAAAGGCUCAAAUAUUAGGUGGUGGAUUCGGCAGAUGGAGGAAUUGCAUCAGAAAGGAAACCCUGUCAACUCUUUUUCCCUUAUACGUCACAUGCAAGCCGAUUGGUUGAUGUGGAAACAAUAUCUGGAAAAGCCUGUGGUUCUUGACAGUUUUCAUUACCCAGAAAGUGUGGCUUUUAUAAAGUCAAAGAACUCUGCUUUGCCGCAGGAGGAUGACAUGAUGGACGCCGCUAUUGCAAUGAGAAGAAUGCAAGCGACUUACAAGAUGGAACCAAGUGAUAUAGCCAAGGGUUUGCUGGAUGGAGUACAAUACAACUCUUCGUUGGCUUCGAUUGAUUGCCUUGCAAUGGCUCGUCACUUGAUGAACGAAUGGCGCUGGACGACUGCCGAGCAAUGGAUUCUGACAGCCAUUGAAUCCCUGGAUCGGGUGGGUUCUCCUAGUGAAAUGCAGUCGCUGAGAGGUCCAACACAAGCUGAACUCUUUAGAGCACUGGGACAAGUUAGGGUCGAAAAGAGAAAUACUGAUGGAGCUUUAACGGCGUAUCAGGCUGCCCUAAAACAUUCUCCCCAUGAUUCGGAAAUAUUCGAGGAAUAUCAAAGCAUAGAAGUCAGGGUUCUUACAUCACCACCAGCCGAACCGAUUAAAGAGGAGCCUGAUGAUGACAUCGAGGAAAUGGAGUUGCCCCCCUGUUGCAGUGGCCGCUGUGAGGUUCCCCAAAAACUUAGGAGACUAUAUUGCGUAUAUAACCAUGUUACAUCCCCAUUCCUGAAACUUGCGCCCAUCAAAACGGAGAUUCUAUCUGUGGAUCCCUUUAUGAUUCUUUACCAUGACAUGGUCACUGCAAAGGAGGGCGUUUUCUUACGAUCCUCUAGCAAAGGGCUACUGCUGCCAUCCCAAACAAUCAACUACGAGAAGAAACUCUAUGAAAUAGCCAAAUUCCGCACCUCGAAGUCCACUUGGCUUGAUAACGACGCCAACCAGGUGACUUUAAGGCUCACUGAGCGCUUGGCCGAUGCAACUGGCUUGAAUAUUAACCACUCGGAGCCUUUCCAUGUCAUCAACUAUGGAAUAGGCGGCUUUUUCGAAAGCCAUUACGAUGUUUUGUUUUCCGACGAGAAUCGUUUCCUUCACGGACAAAUUGAUCGGAUGGCUACCACACUUUUCUAUCUGAAUGAUGUACCCCAAGGCGGUGGCACCUAUUUCCCAGGAGUAAACAUCACUGUUUUUCCGAGGUUCGGAACGGUCCUCUUCUGGUACAAUAUAGACACGAAGGGCGAUCAACAAAUCCGAACGAUGCACUCCGGAUGUCCUGUCAUUGUGGGUUCCAAAUGGGUUGUCAGCAAGUGGGUAAACGCAAAUGGUCAGGAGUUCAGAAGGCCAUGCCUCGAUUUGAAUUCACAUUCCAAAUACAUGCCUUCUGUAGAAAAGCUUAUUAAACUUAAAUAACUUAUCAUUGCA